AUGGCCCAGCAAGCCCAAGGGCUUCUCAUUCCUGAUUGGGAUGAUGGAGCUACGGAUAUGACCCUGAACCGAAGCUCACCUUCUCCACAGCCCUCGCGCCUGACGGCCCCCAGCGCUAUCCGCCAAUAUAUGGAUGAUGCCCGCCAUCAAGCUCAACCUAACACUUGGAUGUCAAAGGCAGAAAUCCCUACGUCCGAAGAGAUCCUCGACACCAAUAUGGAGCUUUUCACUCGAGGAGCUCCCGAGGAAUGCACUGUGUCGGUUCCGGUGAACAACAUCGAUGGACCUUGGUCUUCAAAGGAAGAUUACCUUGAAGCUCAUUACGAGUUACUUAGAGAAGAUGUGUUGCGCUCACUUCGGGAGACUGUGGGAAGAGUCCGCAACAAACCGUGGGGAAGAGAAGACGAAUACGGCACGACUGUUGGAAUAUACGAGAAUGUGCACAUCAAGAAGCUAACAUUCUCUCCACGUGGAGUUGCUGUCCGGGUUUCUUUUUCCUUGGCUCGCUCAGGCAAACGCGUGCACUGGGAGCAGUCGAAACGUCUGAUUACUGGAUCUCUGGUUGCCCUGACCACAGAGGAAGAUCAAUUCAGAACCCAAUGCACCAUGGCAGUUGUGGCAGCUAGGCCUUUAAGCGAUGGCGUGGACCAGUCGCCACCCGAAAUCGAUCUAUUCUUCGCGCGCCCGGAAGAAUUUGCGAUUGACCCUGCUCAGUCAUGGAUCAUGGUUGAAGAUAGGGCCAGCUUCUUUGAGGCCAGUCGAUACACACUGCGAGCUCUCCAGAAGACAAUGAGGGAACACUCUCCGUUGCUGUUGUCUAAGCAUCUCAUCAGUCUUCAGCGACAAGUCGACUCUCCUCAGUACAUGCAAAUGAACCCACGCAUCGACAUGAGUUCAGCAUUUGCCGCACAACCCAGCCCGAAUACCGACAAGGGCUCAGCAUCUCUACCUUCUGAAAGCUUCAAGAACGUGGAUAUCCUACAGGCCUGGCCUGAAGAUCCUCCGACGGAACUAGAUAAGACACAACAGUAUGCUUUGCGGAGGAUCCUCACAAAGCAGUUGGCUAUUAUUCAAGGUCCUCCCGGUACAGGUAAAACUCACGUUUCUGUUGUCGCUUUGAGGACGAUUCUUGGCAACAUGACAAUGGGAGAUCCUCCAAUCAUAGUAGCUUGUCAAACCAACCACGCAUUGGAUCAACUCCUCCGCCACGUAGCUGAAUAUGAGUCUGAAUUCGCCCGGCUUGGUGGACGUUCCAAAGACCAGGGCAUCAUCAAGAAGCGAACAUUGUUUGAACUUAAGAGUUCUCAGUCCGUUCCUGCUGUUGCCUUUGGGCUGAAGGGACCAUCCUUGAAACGCAUGCGGGACCUGGAGAAGACUAUGCGUGCCAUACUCGAACCGAUGUCAGCGGACAAGGAGUUUCUCGAUCAUAAGAUGCUUCUUGACAAGAGACUACUGACAAUCGAACAAUACGAGUCACUUGAGAAGGGUGACACUGAUUGGGUGCAGCAAAACCCGGAGCAAACAAGCAACGAGCCUAUGGUGGAAUGGCUCGGGAAGAACUCGUGGGUCAAGGUGGACCACGGCACGCCUGAAGACAACUUCUUUGAGUACGAAGAAGCCGAUCUCGAGUUUGAACAGUUGAAAGAAAUUGAGGCCGAAAAUGCUAUCAGAGAGGAAGACGAAAUCGAGAGGCUCAAGGGCAAUCAUUUCCAUCUUGGAUGCAGAUAUGUUGGAAAAGUUGCUUCCAGAGGCGCCCCGUCCAUCACAGAGACCGAGAUCCAGGCGCUGCUGUCCGAGAAGCAGAACCUCUGGGACAUCAACCCAAAGCUUCGCGGGGCAGUGUACAACUUCUUUCUCAAACGUUUCAAAGAGGAAAUUCUGAAAUCUUUUCGGUUGGAAGUCCGGAAGUACCAAGAUACUGCUGAAAAGAGGCUAGCUGGCCGUUGGGAAGAGGACCACCUUCUUCUGAAAACCCAGAAGAUUAUCGGGAUGACAACGACGGGCUUCAGCAAGUACCGUGCUCUUAUCUCAAGCCUCAAGCCGAAGAUUGUUCUUAUUGAAGAGGCUGCUGAGACGUUGGAAGCUCUCGUUAUUGCGACAUGUGUCCCCUCGCUGGAACACCUUAUUCUAGUAGGUGAUCAUCAACAACUCCGACCUCGUUGCCAAGUCAAGGAUUACGAAGACGCCCCUUACAAUCUUAAUGUGUCGCUUUUCGAGCGUCUUAUCAAGAACAACGUUGAGUUCGAUACUCUACGUCGCCAAAGACGUAUGAUUCCUGAGAUUAGACGUCUUCUUAGACCUAUUUACGGCGACCUCAUCUCUGAUCACUCGUCCGUCAAGGAAAGGAAACUACCAUCGGUUACAGGCGUGGGAUGCGACUCAUUCUUCUUUACCCAUUCAUGGCCGGAAUCCAAGGACAAUCAGAUGUCCUCUUGUAACGCUAUGGAGGCUGAAAUGAUUGCCGAAUUCUUCAACCAUCUGUACCUCAACGGCCAUCCAGUGGAUAGUAUCACCGUCCUAACCUUCUACAAUGGCCAACGCAAAUUGAUUCUACGGAAAUUGCUCGAUCAUCCCACGCUCGGCUCCUCGCGUUCACGUUUCAAUGUCGUAACGGUAGACUCCUAUCAAGGCGAGGAAAACGAAAUCAUCCUCUUGUCACUUGUUCGAAGCAACCAGUUCGGCCACAUUGGCUUCCUGGGCGUCGACAAUCGUGUCUGUGUUGCACUUUCACGGGCCAAACGCGGAUUUUACCUCUUUGGCAACGGCGAACAGCUUGCAUGUGAGAGCAAGACCUGGGCCGAAGUCAUCACCCUCUUGGCCGGGAAGGGAGGCCACCUGCCAAAGGAAGGCCCUACAAUGCGCAUAGGCUUCCAUCUACCACUGAAGUGCCAUACACAUGGCAGGAUGACUUAUAUCGAGGCUCCCGAUGAUUUCGCGCUCGUCAGUGGCGGUUGUGAGAUCAAGUGCCACGAACGUCUCCCCUGCGGCCAUCCAUGUCCUGUCAGGUGCCACCCAUACCCUCACAGUAGCAUUACUUGUGCUCUCUCUUGCCCCAAGGUCCUCAGAUGCGGUCACAAAUGCGCCGGAAUAUGCAGCGACGAGAGCUGCCACUGCACCUUGUGUCCCAAGACUACAGGCUCUCUAAUUCGCCCCGGAGCCAACCUCAACCAGACCAACCUCAACCCGUCACCUGAGCGUCAACGGCCUGGGUCUAGCAGUUCUGGAUCCGAUUCGGUGAAAUGGAAUAAUUUCGCCAACGGGGGUUCUAAGCAGCAUGAUCGUGAAGCUGUGCGCCAAGCCAAUGAUAACUACGAAAAGCAACAGCGUUUGGUGGAAGAGCGUAGCCGCACGGCAUACGCAACGGUUGGUAGCACCGGCACUCCUUCACCUGUUCGUCAAUAUGGAUUUUCCAAGAACACAAUGGUCGGCCCUGUUGAUGGUGCAGGAGGUCGUCGGAAGUACAGGGAUACCUUCCGCCCUGGCCCACCUGACCUUAUUCCUAGCCUUCUUGAUUGAUUUUGACUGGGGCACGCAUUUGACGGUCGUCAUGGCGGUGGCCUUGAGCUUGGGUGAUUACGGUUUGGCG